GAGCCCCAAGGCUUUAAUUUAAUCAGAGGGGAGGAGGCCAGGAGAGGAAAAAUUAUAUCCACUUCUACUCUGAAGAACUUUCAAGAAGAAGCAAAUUAACCUGUGCAGGUUCUGUGGUCUCAGAGUCCAGUUAUGAUGAAGUGGGCUUUCCUCAUCUUCCCUCUUGGAUACCUGUUGAUUGCUGAAAGCGUCCUACCUGCUGUGGCCACCAAACAAUUUCAAGAUGUGAUGACUCGAGGAAGGGCAUUUUCUCACAACGGAUACCACAGGAGGCUAAAGGGCUGGUCUUCUGACCACAACAACUGGAAUGACAAACUCUACCCUCACUGGGAAGAAGGAGACCCCAGAUGGGAAAACUGCUGGAAAGGAGGAAGGGUGGUGGCCAGUUUGACCAGUGACAGCCCAGCACUGGUAGGAUCCAAUGUGACCUUUAGUGUGACCCUGAAGUUUCCUCAGUGUCAAAGAGAAGAUAAUGACAGCAAUAUAGUGUAUGACAGAAAAUGCAUAAAUGGUUCUUCAGAUUAUGUCAAUCUUCCUGACCAGUAUGUUUACAACUGGACUGAAUGGAUUGAUAAUUGUGGCUGGGAAAAUUGCACACACAACAAUAGCCACAAUGUGUUUCCAGAUGGGAGACCUUUUCCCUACCAUCAUGAUUGGAGGAGAAGAAACUUCAUCUAUGUGUUUCAUACUUUUGGCCAGUAUUACCAAAAAACAGGAGGGUCUUCAGCUAUUGUGUCUAUCAACACAACAAAUAUAACUCUUGGGAAACAAAUUAUGGAAGUGUCCGUUUACAGAAGAGGCUAUCGAUCAUUUGUACCAGUGACUGCAGCAAGUCUUGUUUAUGUGGUAACAGAUAAAAUCCCCUUCUAUGUGAACAUGUCCCAGAAGAAUGACCGCAAUGCCUCUGACCAUAUCUUCAUCAAGGAUAUCCCUAUUACAUUUGAGGUCAAGAUUCAUGAUCCCAGCCACUACCUCAACCGCUCCAUUAUUUCAUACCACUGGAAUUAUGGAGAUGGCAGUGGUUUGUUUGUUUCCAACAAUUCGGUUUCAACACAUACCUAUAAACUCCCGGGAAAUUUCAGUCUUGACUUGUCUGUCCAGGCUAUUAUACCUGCCCCUUGCGGACCAGUGACACCUUCACCACCACUACCUACCACCCCAGCAAUAACUACCCAGCUACCAUCUAAUAUGACUACUCCCACCUCCUACAGCACAACAGAGCUACCAACAGGACAGCUUUCUGCUGAAGGAUGUCAUGUUACUCGAAAUGGACCUUAUAAAGCAUCACUUUUCAUUGUAGAGGGGAUCCUUGGGGUAAAUAUUAUCCAAAUGACGAAUGUCCAGGUGGCAGCCACUCAAGUUGAGAACUCCAUGGUUGAUUUUGUAGUAACCUGUCAAGGGAGUCUUCCUACAGAUGCUUGCACCAUGAUUGCUGAUCCCACAUGCCAGGUUUUACAGAGUGAGGCAUGCGAUCCUGUGGAUAUCACUGAUGAGUGCCUGUUGACCAUCAGAAGAGCUUUCAAUGAAUCUGGAACCUAUUGUGUGAACAUCACAUUGGGUGAUGCUACAAGUCUGGCUCUCACAAGUACUCUGAUAUCCAUCAGUGGAGCUGGAGGAUCAUUUUCAAGAACAGCAGAAGGAGUUUUGAUUGCCUGUGCUUUCUUGGUGGUGGUUGCUGUUUCCUUGACUUUCUUCCUUUACAAGAGGUAUAAAGAAUACAAACCCAUUGAAAAGAAAAAAGAACAGGAGGCAACAAGCGAAGGACUGAGAGUUUACUUCAACAACGUCAAGGCUGUUCUCUUCCCAGCCAACAAUGAACGAGAUCCUCUGCUGAAAAGCAAGCCAGGAAUCAUCUAACUCUUUAGUAUAAUCUCAUAUUUGCAUACAUUUGGUGCUUUAUAUUGAACUGUAUUUCAAUGGAAGAAUGCUUAAUUGUUAAAAUAAGGGGGUAGAUGGUAAGCUUACUAUACAUGCAGGAUAAUGGUUUGAUUCACUUGUUAAAAUGGCAUUUUGUGGAGAAAUAGAACAUUUUACUCUCUUGGAUAUACAAUAGUAUAUGAGCUAAUAAACAAUUUAAGCUGGG